AUGCUCGACUGGAAAUCUCACCUUCGCGGUCCCGUGGACGCAAAAUCCCCUGCCGCCACUCUUGACCCACUCCGCAACAUUGCACCCCCCGCCAUGCAUGCUUCCGAACCGACCGCCCCUCGUAUAUUUGACCCCAAUGUGUCGCUGGUGCUGGUGGGCAUCCGUGGCUGCGGCAAGCGCUCGCUCGGCUUUGUGGCGGCCACGGCCCUGAGGCGCCGGUUCAUCACCGAAGACCAUUAUUUCAAGGAGGCCACCGGCGUCACGCGACACGAAUAUCUCAAACGGCACGGUAGUCAGGAAUUCCAGCGCCGGGAUAUUGAGGUCCUGAAAAUGAUGCUCGACAACCAUCGGACAGGCUGUGUUAUCGAGUGUGGACUGGGAAGUCUCACACGGCCAGUCCAGGACCACCUCCGCCGCUAUGCUCAGACGAACCCUGUCGUGCACCUGGUCCGUGACAUCGACUGCAUUCAACAGCUGCUGGGACUCGAUGACCAGUCUGUUCGACUCUUGCGGGAGGGAGAUCCACUACACCGGACGUGCUCCAACUUUGAAUUCUACAACGUGGAGGAUCGGACGCGCAUCGUGUCGGACGAUGGCAGCCCAGACCCACGUUCGGCAGCCUAUUCGUUCAAGCUGCAAGAGGUCAAGGAGGACCUAACUCGCUUCGUCCGUUUCAUCACAGGAGUGGAUGUCAAUCAUUCGAGUUACGACUCGCCAUUUGUCUUGCUUGAGACACCUCCGGAGCUUCGAUCCUUCACCCAUGCGAUCUUUGUCCGGUCGUCCGAUCUCAUUGACGAUAAUGUAAACCUCCCAGAGCUGGAAUCGGGAGGUGAUGCCAUCGAGCUUUGUGUCGACCGUUGGGGGCCCGACAUGGCCACCGUGAUCAGCAAACAGGUCUCGAUCUUACGACGCAACGCGCAAGCUCCCGUCAUUCUUUCGAUUGAUACGUCCUCGACUGGGAUCAAUACGACCAACACAUCGGUAUCGCAAUACUUCGAUAUUUUGGAGCAUGGCCUGCGCCUCGCCGUGGAGUAUCUUGUGGUCGAUCUCGAACAGAGCCCCUCUCGGAUACCCCAGGUAAUCCGCGGUCGAGGAAAGACAAAGAUCAUCGGCCAGCGGCUCUUCGAGCCAUCCUCACCCGUGAGAUGGACUGACGAAGAGUGCAUCGUCGCCUAUCAAGAAGCAGAGACAAUUGGCUGUCAACUCGUGCGGUUUCUUCGCGUCGCGACCUCGCGCGAUGACAAUGCGACUGUUUUCGAAUUCACAAAUCGCGUGCGGUCCAUGCCGGGAUCGCAUCCGCCUCUCAUCGCCUACAAUAUCGGCCGCCUGGGUCGAACGUCGCAGGUGUUCAAUUCUAUCUUGACCAGCGUGACACACCCAGCCAUCAUCCGACCCAAAGAGAAUGAGCGCGAUGCGCAAAUCACGUCACGAGAUGCCGUUCAGGCUCUUUUCCAAAGUUACGUACUAGAUCCAUUGCAGUUCUGCAUCAUGGGUACCAACGUGGCCUACAGUUUGUCACCAGCUAUGCACAAUGCUGCUAUCCAGCACUGCGGAAUGAGUCACAAGUAUAGCAUCCCCGACUCGCCAUCGCUUGCGAUUCUCGAUCGUCUGCGGAAAAACCCAAAUUUUGGCGGAUCCAGUGUGGUCCAGCCCUGGCGAGUCGAACUGUACCACAAACUGGCCGCGAAAAGUCGACAUGCGGAGGCCAUUGGGGCCAUCAAUACGAUCAUGCCGUUGCGAGGAGCGUCGGACGGGACCAUCUACUCGCUCCAGGAACAGGCUAGUCGACGUAACCAGGCAGGCCCGGUGCUUGGGUGGUAUGGCGAGAACACGGACUGGGUGGGCAUCAUGACCUGCAUCACCCGUCAUCUCUCUCCGCGCAAUGCGAUCAGCACAAAGACCACUGGUCUGGUCAUCGGAGCCGGCGGCAUGGCUCGGUCUGCCAUUUACGCGAUGCUCCGAUUAGGCUGUCGGAAGAUCUUCAUCUACAAUCGCACCCAGUCACGCGCCGAGGAGGUCGCCAGGCAUUUUAACUCGUGGGCAUCCUUUCAGGUGGACUCGGCCGAUGUCGUGCGAGUUUUGAACUCAACGCAGGACGACUGGCCCGACGACGCCAACCCGCCCAGUCUGCUUGCGUCCUGUGUGCCUGCCGACCCGGACCGUGAUGAGCCCCCGGCGAACUUUGAGAUGCCCUUGCAGUGGCUCGGAAGUCCCACUGGGGGUGUUGUACUAGAGCUCGCUUAUAAACCCUUAGAUACCCCUCUUCUCAAACAGAUGCGACGCAUCCGAAGUAACACAGGACGACCAUGGGUGUUAUCCGACGGCCUGGAAAAUGUCAUUGAACAAGGCAUUGCGCAGUUUGAACUGAUGACGGGCCGGAAAGCCCCGCGAAGGUUAAUGACUCUCGAGGUGCUGCGCAAUUACGAAGGCGACAACGGACGAUUUGAUGAAAAGACCAUUCAGGCGCGGCUGGACGGCGUUUGUUCAUAG